CUUUGCAUCACAUGAAGAUUAUCUAUACAACCUCAAGCACGCCGACAAGGAGCUACGAGAGGCGGGAGCUAUCGCCAAUAAGUAUGACCAUCGCAUCACAUGCCACCCGGGCCAAUUUACUCAACUCGCAUCUCCCAACCCAAAGGUCUUCGUGAAUGCAGUUCGCGACCUAGAGUUCCACAACGAACUCCUCACCAGAUUGAAACUCGACGAGCAGAGAGACCGCGAUGCAGUCAUGAUUCUACAUCUUGGUGGCAUGUACGGAGACAAAGAGGCAACGCUUGCACGCUUUCGCACAAAUUACGCAAAGCUCUCUGAUCCCAUCAAGCGCAGAUUAGUCCUUGAAAACGACGACAUGAGCUGGAGCGUAACAGACUUGCUUCCCUUGUGCCAAGAACUUGACAUCCCUCUUGUUCUCGACUGGCACCAUCACAACGUCGUGCACGACGAACAAUUCCGCGAAGGAACGCUCGAUAUCUUGCUUCUGCUUCCUGCGAUUGCCGAGACAUGGAAACGAAAGGGAAUCAAGCAGAAAAUGCACAUGUCUGAGCCUAAGCUGCCGAACCACCCAUUGCCGUCGCAACGCAGAUCUCAUUCACAGCGUAUCUAUCAUAUGCCACCCUGUGCAGAUGACAUGGAUCUCAUGCUCGAAGCGAAGGAUAAAGAGCAGGCUGUGUUUGAACUCUCUAAGACGUACAACCUCAACAACCCACCCUUACCCGAGGAAGUUGUUGGUGAUGGCCCUGGCGCCAAGGGCGACGAGGCAUAUUGGCCAGAAGGGCAGGAGCUUAGGCUCAAGGUGACCAAGACUCGUGUCAAGAAGGACCCAGAGUACGACAGCGAAGGUAAUGAGAUCAAGCCAACACCAAAGAAGCGUACCAAAAAGGAGCCUGUUUAUGACUCUGAGGGUAACGAAGUUAAGCCAACGCCGCGUAAAAGGGUCAAAAAGGAGCCAGCAACCGAGGAGGAUGGUAGUGAGAGCAAGUCGGCGUCCAAGAAGCGUGUCAAGAAGGAAGCAGAUGCAGAGGGAGAUUCAAGCGCCCAAAAGACUCCUGCAAAGCGCGUCAAGCAGGAAGAAGAUGCAAAGGAAGAUUCAAAUACAAAAAGGACGCCUGCCAAGCGUUCAAAGAAGGCAAGUGCUGCACUGGCAGUCAAGGAUGAAAUGACAGAGCCCGCGCUUAUAGAUGAGAGCCCAGCCAAACGCCCGACACGCGCGAGACGUGGCAAGAACACUGUUGCAGCAAGUGAGACUGAGAUGCAGACGGGUGUUAGCGCCUCACAGCUGGUAGACGAGGCUGUUGAGCGGCUUGAGGGAAAGAAGAUCGAAUGAAGUUGUGAAUACUAAAUAGACGGUGUAGGGUUAGAGAGUUUAAUGCAUUCGACGCGACCGCGACUUGACUCAAGCCUAAAGAGGUUGGCUUCCUUCUCUUCAAUCUCAAGCGAUGGCAGACCGGGACUUCCAUGUAGAGAAGUGCUUGCCUGAACUGGCUGGUGCCAUCAAAAGGUCCAAGGUGCUCAUGGUCGGAGCUGGCGGUAUUGGCUGUGAAUUGCUGAAGAACC